AUGGAGCAGGGCAUUCAGAGAAUCGACUACCGCCUCCUUCAAGGCUGCUGCCUCGAAGCUGAGCGCGCCGACAUUCUAUCGGUGAGCCUUGAAGGGCUCCGCAUGGCUCUUCCUGAGGCUUAUGGAGGCACCAUCACCAGUCUUGUUGACGAGAUACGGAGGUCUGCGAGGAAGCUGAGAGACUUGGCGGACCGAUCGCAGAUGCAUUUCACCAGGGUACCAAUUUUGCUCAACUACCUCGACGUCAUACUUCCGUGUUAUUCCAAGACACUUCGCGACAUGACCGGCUUUUACGAAGAUCGAACCGUAAGCAAGGAUAUGCGAUGGCGAAGGAUGUACCACAAGAUGACACAGGAGGCCAGUGGCCUGCCAUUACCUCAGCGGUUCAUGCUCUACAACUGCUUUUUAGAGUCGACACUCUUUGACCUAAAUGGCCUAGAGACGCUUCGAACUAGGAUAAUCAAGUUGAGAGAAGCAAGAGGACUCCCUACGCCAACAACCCAAAUCGGGCCUGUCCUUCGACCAGAGGUUAUGCUCAGACCAACACCUCAGGAUCCGACAUUACACUGGGCAGAGCAGAUCUUCUCUCUUCCGCUCACCUCCCGAACGGCUUUGAAGCACAUCAGACCAUCGACAGCUUAUGGUCCUUUCCAAACGUGGGGACAGCUGAAUAUUCCCAAACAGGUCAAGAUGCUGUUCAGAAGACCGUUCGACGAGGAUCGCCUUGCGUUGAUGACCUAUCUAAAUCAUGUCAACGAGACCCCCUACUUUCUCCUCCGGACAUAUCAUUUGGGGGGCCAGUGGUUCUCACUACUUGGUACCCACGAAAUCUUCAUGAGGCGGGAGGGCAGUGCCUUACUACUAGACCGAUACAGUCAUUCGCAGAUGGGCGUCAAACUAUGGGCAUCUCUCUACUUCAAGACAUGGGAGGAAUUGGUCUUAUUCCACUGCACGUUCGUCUCUCUCAAGGCUCGAAAUAUCUUGACGAGCAGAAUGAGUCCAAGGGAGUUCAAGCUCGGUAGUGAAUCCCGACUGUUCCAGGCCCAAAUCCGUGAUGAUGGCUUCAAGCAUUCUCUCAUCGUCUACCGCGACCUCGUCACCCAAGGUCUUCGUCUCCAAGCUUCAGUGUGGGAUGGCGAACUCAAGAGUUGUCCAGUUUGGACCGCUUUCGUCACCCACCAAUCCGCCUCUCCGACCUGGCUCGUACGCAAAUCAGAUCACCGCAUCUGGCUCAAAGACGUCCAGCUUUACGUCUUUUGCCAACAGUACCAUCAGCAGAACCAGAGGAAAGGAUCCUCCGCCGGCGCCUUUGAGAUCGAAUUUGUAUCCGAUAUGGGCGCGACGCGGUUCAUCGAGGAAAUACAGUCGCAGGCGGAUCCCUCCGAGGCAUCUACAGACACCAUGGAAGCCAUCGAGGACGCCAAAUGA